AUGCCCGGAGCCGUAUCGAACGGCAACAAGGUCGUCACGAAGUUCUAUGCGGAGGACAUCGUGCAGCGUGCCGGCCCGCCUCCGCGCACAGGCGUGGUCAUGCGGUGCUGGUAUGACGACGACGUGCCUCCGCCGCCGGAAGAAGCGAUGGACCCGCUCCUGCGCCCACUCGACCGCGGCGAGGUCGGCGUCUCGUUCUUUCCCCAGGGUCACCGCGAAAUAUUGAAAGAGGCCGAGCUCGAAUUGUUGGAUCGCUCUUUCCAGCCCGGGGACCUGUGCAAACGCAGCAUCGACGACGUGCGCUCGGGCGUGGUCACCCAUGUCGAUGUGCAGUGCAGGCUCGAACACGCCAUCAGCGGCCAGGACGUGCCGGGGUGGAAGACUAUGAACGAGAUAUGCAGCACGUUGGAGUGCGAGCUGGGGGACUAUGUCGCUUAUAACGAAUGGAUAGGCCAGGUGGUCGAGCUCUUCGACGAGAUAGUAGUCGAGACCCAGAACGGACUGGUUCGACUGCCGGAACUCAGCUCGCGGCUGUCUAUUGGCGACAGAGGGAAUGACAUCAUCCCUCCGCCCUUGUCCCUGCCCAACCUAUUCAACCUAUUCAACAGGCACCAUAACACCCACGAAGACGUCGUAGUCGGUCUGAAGCACACAGUAGUAGCGAUAUCCUGGCUCGCGAUUAACCAGUCGCUACCGCCCUCAGCAGCCGUCAACGCCGUGCGACCGGACCGUUUCUGGUCAGGCGCAAAGCUUUCUGAACUCAGACUCCUGCGUUCUCGCGCGGAGCAACUCGCACGUGUGGGCGAUAAAGUCCUGCUCAAGUCAUGGCAGAACGGGCCCUUGACACGGCACGGCAAGCCCACGGACCCCGGAGGCGAUAUCGAGGUUCGCGCGUAUGUGGUCAAGGAGACGCAGACGAGGGUGACGGUGUUGUGGCAAGAUGGGAAGAGCGAGGUGACGGAUGCCAAGGCGCUUAUCCCGUAUCUGAAUCCGGACGAGUAUGAUUGUUGGCCUGGAGAACAUGUCAUGUGGAAGACGGAGGACGAGAAGCGGACCGCAGUCGUACUCUCCGUAGACGCCAACGAACGCACUGCAAAAGUACGCUACGGCGACACUGGCGAAACCCAAAUAGCAUCCGUCCUCGAACUCGACCCACACGGCUCGUCCGGCUGGUCACCAGCAGCACCAACACAAUUCGACGGGCUGGGCGUACGACGAGGAGACUUUGUCUUCAUCCAUAGGGAGGGCGACACCAACGGUCUGGAACCGCCCAGGGUACCCAGGAUAGGCGAGGUGGAGCCAUGGGUGCGGGAAGCGCCUAUUGUGCAUGAUGACGGGCACUACGCUGGUUGGAGGGAGGACAUGUACAGCAUCGGGAUGGCGAUUGCGAGGAGAAGGGAGCAUGAUGACUCACAUGAGGGCGCGAUCAGGAGGGUCAGGCCGGGCGACACUUCGUUUGACUGGUUUGGCGAGGUUGUGGAGCUCUGUCUUGAUGGUACCGUCGGGAUCGCAUUACCGAGCGGCGCAACGAUCAACGUCCCGUUGAACCGUCUAACACGUCUCUACGACACACUAGAGCAGCUCGAAGACAUCAUUGACGAGGGCACUCUUCCUGACGAGGAAUUGAUGGAGGAGAUCAUGGAUGAGGACGGCAACUGGCACACGCGCAUGGGAGAGGACGAAGACGAUGCUGAAUGGGAGGACGACGAGGACUCGAUGGAGGUCGAGGACGAGUGGGGCUCGGACGAGGUGGUACCGCCCACGACAGUCGAGAUACCUCCUUCAGAGUUUACGGGCUCAUCGAAUGGCGGGUGGUGGGGCGACGAUCAGAGUAAAGACAGCGCUAUACUGUCGAGCCCCGAACCGCCCGCGUCAUCACCGCCAUCAUCUACCGCAUACUCGCCCUCGCCGGAGCAGAUGAAGGAAGCCGCCUACGCCAACGGACGUGCAGGUCCUUCACAACCCGCAGCACCCUCACCGCCAGAAGACGACGCCGACUCACCCUGGAAGCGCUUCGACGUCCUAAGCGAAGCACCAGUCGACCACGCAUUCUACAACACUCCCAUCGCGCAACCUUCCCGUCAGUUCCUCGGCCGUCUACAAAAGGAGUACCGCGCGCUGCAGAGCAGUCUACCCGAUACCAUCCUCGUCAGGGCUUACGAGGAUAGGUCGGACUUGUUGAGGUCACUGAUCAUCGGGCCGGAGAAUACGCCGUAUGAAGACGCGCCGUUCGUUAUUGAUUGGAUGUUGCCGUCCGAUUUCCCGCAGAGUCCGCCUAUCGCGCAUUUCUUGAGUUGGACAAACGGGAACGGGCGAGUGAACCCCAAUCUGUAUGAGGAAGGCAAGGUCUGCUUGUCUAUUCUCGGGACGUGGGCGGGCGACAAGAGCGAGUCCUGGAGCCCUGCGCGAUCAUCCAUCCUACAAGCGCUGGUGUCCAUCCAGGGCUUGGUGCUCGUCAAGGAGCCGUGGUUCUGUGAACCUGCUUAUGACAAACUGCGCGGGACGGAAGAAGGCAUCGUCAACAGCCGCCUGUACAACGAGAAAGCCUACGUCCUCUCCCGCGGCUUCGUCCGACGCGCUCUCGAGCUCUCGCCUGGGUCACUAGAAGCCGAGAUCAACUGGCUCUACCACAAACAGGGCAAACUACGCCAAUUGCUCGAUGACUCUCGUGCCUUGAUCAAGAAGAGUCGCGAGGAGCCUGUGGAUAGCAAGACCGUUGUGAGUAGCGAUCGUGCUGUGCCGCGUCUGACAGGCGGCGCGAUUAUCACGCUUGAGCGUACACUGGGCAAGUUGGACGCGUUGGUCAAGCCUGCGACACCGUCGUCAUAA